AUCCUGGCCGAAUCCUCCGAAUCCUUCCUCGUGUUUCGCAAUCUCAACUUCAUUCCCGAAUUUCUCAUCAUUGAUUUGAAGCCAUGGCCGGUCUGCUGCUCAAGAUUGGCCUAUCCGUCGUCGUCUUGCUGGCCAUUGCCUUCCAAGUCCUCCUGAAGGACCUGGUCUGGCUCGGCUUCGGCUUCGGGAAGCAUAUACAGCUGCUGUCCGACUUCCCUUAUGAGUGCCGCCGCAUUCACGACCCGCGACUGCAGGCAUGUGAGGAUAUGUGGCUGUCGGAGAAGACGCGUGUGCUGUAUCUGGCGUGCUCAGACUCGAUUGCUAGGAACCACUGGCUGCCCAACAACCACAAGUUCAACCUGACAGGCCGUUCUCAGAGAGAUGCCAUCGUCGCCCUCCACAUUGACUCACCCUCGGGCAACUCAUUCAAGUAUCGUGCUCUGCAGACACCAGGAUAUACCGGCACCGCUGGCGACGGACUGCUCGACCUUGUUGGCCUUACUGGCAUCGAUGUCCAUGUAGAAGGCGAAGACAGGGUUGAGCUGCUGCUCGUUAACAAUCGCCCCUCGCUUGAUCCAGAUACUGGCAUGCCAUUCCCGGAUCAGUCCGCCGUGGGAGGCAACGCUACCAUUGAGCUGUUUGAGGUCCGCAGUUCCGAGGCAGAGGAAAUGAACCAUUUCCAUACGUGGGCGGACGGGGCCAUCACCACGCCGAACAACAUUGCUGUGGUCAGCAGCAGCAAGGAAUUCUACAUGACGAACGAUCACGGUUCGAACAAAGUUGGACUAAAAUCUCAUAUAGGCGCCCUAUUAGGCAGCGGAGACGUUGUCUUCUGCUCACUUGGCAAGGGCUGCAACCGCGUCUCAAAGGACCACAAGUUCCCCAACGGCCUAUGUCAGCACGGCGGGCUCGUCUACGUCCCGAGCUCGGCAAUGGGCGGCGUGCAGGUAUUCCGCAUCAAGGAAGACAACGGGCUCGAGAAGAUCGAGGACAUCUCCAUCGACUACGGCCUCGAUAACCUCUCCGUCGAUGCCGACGGAGACAUCUACGCCGCUGUGUUCCCGAAGGGGAUCGAGAUCUUCAAGGCCUUUUUUGACCCCUUCAAUGCCAGGCCGCCGUCCACCGUGCUGCGCAUCCGGAAGGGAGAUGACGGCCGCCACUCGUGGGAGAAGAUCCUGGAGGAUGCGAAUGGCGAGGUCUUGCCUGGUACGACGACGGCGGUGCAUGACGCGAAGACGGGGAGAUUGUUCUUGAGCAGUGUUAUUUCGCCGUUUAUUACGGUAUGUGAGCCUCGCUCCUGAGGACUGCGAUGAGUGUAUCGUGGCGCAAGAUGCACAUCUAAGUCCCCGGCAGGUAACACUCCUCGACCUGCUAGGGUCCCGGUACAUGUGUUGUUAGGAUUAGGUUUGGUGCGGCAACCUAAGACUUCCACGCUAGGUCACUUAAUAAUUAUCGUAUACUAUAGACUUAUGGGGUUCUUACUCUAAGGAGGUGACACCCGGAUCGCCAGGUUGAUACUCGUCAUGUGGGUUUGAACUACAUCGAAUAUACCACCAUUGUUGAUACAUGC